AUGCCUGGAGCAAGCACGGGGCGAGAUCCCUUACCCUCAGCUCCGGAAACCCCAGGCAAAGCACCGAUGAAUCCCCCCGGGGCUCCCAAUGCAAACGGGCCCGAAUCCUCGCCCGAUGCGACAGCUGGUCAGGACUCCUCUGUUGCGCCCGCGGAUCCGGCUUCGUCGGAUUCGGUCUCUCCAGAGCCCCCUAGCAAAGAUACCCCCAAGAAACACCACUUGUUGAUUCCCAUCCCAUCGCGAAGGUCCUCAAAGACAGACAAACAAUCUGCAUCAGAGAGGACCGAGGAAGCGGCAGGAGGUGGGCCGACUCGACGGGGCUCAAGAGUGAGUAUUCUCAAGGUGAAAAGGGACCGAAGCCGGGCGAGUAGCAAAGGGUCGCGACGGACUCGGGAUGUGGUAAAUGGGGAUGAAAACAAGGAGACGACGACUGCGCCCGAGACCACCGAGCCAGCAAAGCCUCAGAAGAAGCGUCCGUCAAAUAUUUUCGCAUUCUUGAGUUGUUGCUCGUCGCCCGACGCCGAUGCCGACGACACGACCGUGCCUGCAAAGAAGACCGCCAAACGGCAACCCACUUCAAACAGACUGCCAACCCCGGACAAGGCGGAGGCCCACAACGGCGACUCCAGCACGGCGGAGUCGAAGGAGCCGGCGUACUUUGGGGAUGAGAAGGCAAACUCGACCGUGACCGCGGACCAGUCCCAGUCUCAUGAGCAGCGUGCAGCCGGCGCGCAGGGUGAGGGGACUUCCGCGGGAGCCAAGCAGCCCGAGGCACCGUCUUUGGACUCGAAAGAACGCCAUGGCGACCAUGCAUCCACAACGGUAAACGGAGCAGUGCCGGAAUCUAAGACGGGCCAAUCCGCGGUGCGAUUUGAUGAGCAAACUACCGCGGGGACUGAAGAUACCACUGCAGCUGAACCCACUUCGAAGAGAAGAAUGGGCGGCGAUGGCACGGAGGAUUCUUCACACGAGGAAGAUGUAAUCCAGUCGCCUCCGGUGCUUCCCCCACCACCGCCCUUGGCCCCGCCAGCGCCUCAGGUUCGCUCGACAUCGGAAGAGGGAGAUCAACAAUGGCUGCUACCGGCGCCUCUGCCUCACCUGCAGAACCGGAAGUGCCUUGUCCUUGACCUCGAUGAGACUCUGGUUCACAGUAGCUUCAAGGUUCUUGAACGCGCCGACUUCACGAUUCCCGUGGAGAUCGAAGGCCAAUACCAUAACAUUUAUGUCAUCAAACGGCCGGGCGUGGAUCAGUUCAUGAAGCGGGUGGGUGAGCUGUAUGAAGUGGUGGUGUUCACUGCGUCGGUUUCCAAGUAUGGCGACCCUUUGUUGGAUCAACUGGACAUCCACAACGUCGUCCACCACCGCCUAUUCCGAGAGAGCUGCUACAACCACCAGGGGAAUUAUGUGAAGGACCUCUCGCAAGUUGGACGAGACCUUCAGGAAACGAUCAUCAUUGACAACUCCCCGACCUCCUACAUCUUCCACCCUCAACACGCAAUACCCAUCAGCAGCUGGUUCUCUGACGCACACGACAACGAGCUGCUUGAUCUCAUUCCCGUCCUUGAGGAUCUGGCUGGAGCCCAAGUCCAAGACGUCAGCAUGGUCCUGGACAUCACCCUGUGA